AUGAAGUUUGUCGGUUUGUUGCUAACAGUCGUCGCCACUGCUUUUGCAGCACCACAAGGAUACGAUUUGGGUGCACCGUCAGAUGGAAGUCUCUCCGCUGGAGUAGGAGGUGCCGGAGUAGGUGGAGUUGAUUUCGGCAGCGGUGAGGGUGCCAUUCUCGGAUGCAGAGAUGGAGAAGUACUACAUGUAGAUGGUACUUGUGUCAUCCCCGAAAUCACAAGAAAAGUAUACCUGUUUCAUGUUCCUGAACAGGAGCAGGUUGUCGGCCCACCUCCCAGCCUUCCUCCUCCGGUAGUAGACCAUAAUAUCGUCUUUGUGCGUCUUCCUGAGGAAGGACCAGCACCAGAGCCAAUUGUUCUUCCUCCACCAAGACAGAACAACAUUGUCUACGUGCUCAACAAACAGGAGGAACAAGUUCAGCGAGUGAUCGAAGUGCCAGCUCAGCCACAGGCUGAUCCUGAAAUUUACUUCGUUAACUACCAAGACGGAGAAAACCCAACUCUUCCCAUUGGAGUAGACCUGGAAACUGCUCUCAGUUCCGCAGCAGCAGCAGGCGGUCAAAUCCUUGGAGGCCUUGAAGGCACUGGAGUUAUUGUAAGUGGAGGAGCCAGCUUUGGUGGAGUUGAUGGUGAAGCUGGAGGAAUUGCUGUAGGACAAGGAGAAAGCGGCUUUGUUAUUGUAAAUGGAGGUGGAUUGGGUGGUGUUAAUGCACCUGGCAUUGGCUUGGGUAUCAACGGAGGCGCUAGUGGAGUGUUAUCAGGACAUGGAAGUCAACCUUCAGGCAUCUACACUACCCCAUAG